GAGAGAGAGAGCGAACCACUGAAGGAAGGGGUUGCAUUUAGGCUUCAGCAGUGGCUUGACGACAGGAAGCAGUUGAGGCCGUUUUGCCAGGUUUUGUCUACGUCAUUUCCGGUGACUCUCGGCAGGAAGCGAGGUGUUACCAACGUAGGGUCUUCUAACAUCUAAAACUUCAGAUUAUGUUUGGAGUUAAAACCUUCUUCCUGGCACAAUCUGUUCAGUUGGCUGCUACCUGGUUGAAACUGACAGAGAGGCAUUGCUCUAAGUGGGCAAAGAAAAGUAUUGCUUGCGUGCAGAGCUACAGAACUGACCAAAAAAACACUGAGGGCGGAGCACUAAGCGCUUCUCAGGCUAAGAUCAUGGGAGAAAAAGACCUUCCAGGUGUCUUGGUCUUGGAUAUAGGAGGUGCAUUUGGGGUACUCGAAAGCCAUGUGGAGUUCCUCAAGAAACAUUUCAAACUUGUCACUAUGAAGGAGUUUCAGAAAAAUAAGAAUGAACUACGUGAAAAGAUUAAGUCUAUUUUUGUAUUUGAGUGCAGACCCAUCAUUGACCGGGAGCUUCUUGAAAGCCUGCCCAACCUAAAGGUGGUUGGAAACUCAGGAGUAGGAGUGAAUCAUUUAGAUUUAAAACUGAUUUCUAGCUUUGGAGUAAAAGUAACUAAUACUCCACAUGCUGUUUGUGACUCUACAGCAGACAUUGGCAUGGCCUUAAUGCUGGCAUCCGCCAGAAGACUAGUGGAAGGCUGUGCCAUUGCAACAUCUCCAGAUACCACACACUUUGCUGUUGAUUGGCUAGGAGUAGAAGUCACACGGGCUACUCUUGGCAUCAUUGGCCUGGGAAGCAUUGGCUAUCAAGUGGCAAAGAGGGCAAAAGCUUUUGCCAUGAACAUUCUCUAUCACAACAGGAAUCGUAGAAAAGAGGAAGAAGAACAGGAAGUUGGUGCAACGUACUGUAAAAAUAUAGAAGACUUGCUCCAGCAGUCUGACUUUGUGAUGCUGGUUGUGAAUUUGACGCCUGAAACACACAAGCUCAUUGGGAAAAGGGAGCUUGAGCUGAUGAAACCCACUGCUACUCUUAUCAACAUCAGCAGAGGUGCAGUAGUUGAUCAAGAUGCUUUGGUAGAAGCACUUCAAAAUGGAGUUAUUAGGGCUGCAGCUUUGGAUGUGACAUACCCAGAACUACUGCCAAGAGACCACUUGCUGUUGAAAUUGAAGAAUGUCAUUAUAACUCCUCACAUUGGAACUGCUACUGUGCAAGCCCUCCUUAUGAUGACAGAAGAAGCAGUAGAAAAUAUAUUGGCUGUUCUCAAUGACCUCCCUAUUCCUAGUGAAGUGAUCCAUAAAUGAUUUCAGCAAGAAUAUGAAUAGUCAGUGGCUGAUGAGCAAAAAGACAUUAACCUCUAAGUAACAAUACAAUAUAAGCAACAGUUCUAAAACAACCUGUCCCUAUCACAAUUUUAAUGUGUGUGCUUCUAUAUUGUGAUUAAACUUUUUUGCAGUAUAUUCUUGCUAAUAAAGUUUGUUUCAAGGCU